UCCGAGCCAAGAUGCCCCGCUCUGCAGCCAAGUCCCAAGCUGACAAGCGUAGAUGUAGAUCCACUGUCCAGGUGACCCCACCUCCAACGCAGGAAGUGGAAGUGGAAGACAUUAUCCCUGGUCGCUUAACUCAGCCCCAAUGGAUGGACAUGUUGAUCCAGGAGGAUGCAGAUGAGACAGUGGGGGAGAUCAUGGAGGAGCUGCUCAGCAAGGUCAUGGAAGGCUGUUUAAAGGUGUACAUUGAAAGACAGCUUGCGCCUUUCUCCGCGUCCUGGGCCGAGCGCCACCUCACGCAGAUUCUAGAGCGGCGAAUUGUGUCCCUAGAUGAAGGAGAAGGACCCGAGGAAGCAUCUAAAACAGAAGACUCAGAGCCUAUGCCAGCAAUUUCAGAUGCCUGGGCUCAAGGAUGCGUGCCUGUCGAAAAUGCCAGCCCUCGGCCUCGCCUCGCCUCACAACAGGAGGUUGACAUUGGCCAGGUGGUCCCAGUACAAACGGAGCCGAGCGUCGACCAGCAAUGUAACGUUAUGGCCCAAGCGAACAGCUCUCCAAAGCAAUCUGAAAAGCAAACAAGUCCCAGGCGACCUGUCAGGGACAAGCGCUAUAAACUACUCAGUCCUCGUCCCUCACUAAAAAUUGAUCUAGAGAAAAAGCAGCAGAUUAUUUCACCUCCCAAGCUUGUUCCACGCAAAUCACUUCCGCCCCUGGGUAAAGAUAAGACACAUUCCUUUUCUAAUCGUACGACUGGAUCAUUACAUCAGCACAAGGACCACCGACCCAUACCCAGGCUUGAUCCCUCUUCCCUGCCUCGACACUUCGUCUUUCCUCAAUAUGAGAUUUUGGAUAACAACUGCACAAAACCCAACUCCAAGAAACCAAGCGGACAGUCCAAACUAGAACCACGGUACAACAAGAAGCAAACUGAGUGGACAGUAACCUCCCUGAAGCCACUAACCAGCUCCCAGGAUCAGCCAGAAAGGUUUCAGAGGAGAAAAGAUGCCGAUGUCUGGCUGAAGAAAUUAUCACCUUACAGACAUAGAAGAGAAGGGAUGGAGUCCUCUGGGCCUCUGAGGCUAGAGACAAUGGAGCUGGCCGAGGGUGUUUCACUCCUGGAUCCCCAGGCAGUCGACAGCAACUCUUUCAAAUUUAACCUUCCUGCUCCGUCUACCAAGCUGAGGCUGAUACAAAGUGACGCAGCUGUGCCACUGUUUUCAGUUCAACAGGUUACCACAGGUCCACCGCCUCAAGUCACCCCAUUGUUUCAGUCCAAGAACUGGGACAAUUGAUUAUAAAGAUGUGUGGAAAUGAAUUUGUCUGUAGUGGUAUUGGAGCAUUAUGUGCUGUAUGUGAACGAAAAUAAAAAAGAUCCUUUCAAUACAAGAUGAAGUGUGUCCGCUCCAGGCUAAGCUCUGAAAGACAAUUGGACAUGUUUUGAAAAGAUUCUGAAUAAUUGUUUUUCCUCCAUGUAUCUGUUAGAUAUUCUGCAUUUGCAAUAGAGUAGUGCGACAC